UCAAAUUUUCAAAAUGAUCAAUCGUUUGACUCAAGGAAAACUCUUGCUUGUCAUGCUGUGCGCUACCUUUGCCAUCAACCAAGGAUCGGCAAGCUUAACUACCAAAGCCAUUAACGGGAAACAUUUUGUUGUUUCAGGGAUCAGUUCUGUUGCCGGGUUUCAUAUGAUAAGAAACGCUUCGGGCCACAUUGUUAAACUGGAUGGAUCAGCGACCAAAAUGCUUAACUGGUUAUCAGAAUUCUAUCAUUUCACAUAUUCCGUACUUCAAAUAAACACGACGGCAAUAGAUUCGUUACCUGACCAACAGGGUCUUAUAAGCUAUCUACUUCGUGCGGAGAUAGACGUGAUCAUCUCCCUUUCGUCAACGCAAUCGCGCUUGGCCUUCUUAGACUUUUCUCAUCCAACGCUCUACGUGCCGGUUUCAUUUUUGAUUCCUCAUCCGGAUUCCUCAGUUAAAGUCGAAGCUGUCGUCAAACCAUUCCAACCUAAGGUGUGGCUAGCUUUGAUAUUGGCUAUUCCGAGCGUUAUCGUGGCACUAGCGUUGCUUAAUCGCUACGGCGAUGCUUCCCUUGGAUUUGAAAAUCCGUCAGUGAUGAAAAAGGAAAUUCGCUGGGGACACAGCAGCUUAUACGUAUUGGGACUUCUGCUAAACCAAGGUUGA